AGGGCACCUUGGGAGCCGGGAUGAGCAACCAUCAGGGGACGAGGGGCCGCGGAGCAGAAAAUCCCUCUCCGGAGAUGAAAAGGGACACCCCCCGGGCAUCCACUCGCAGCAUGUCCCGCCUUGAGCCUUCACCAGGGCAGAGCAUGGCCCCAGCCCUCCCACUGCUGCUGCUGCUCUGGGUCUUUGUCCCCACAGUGGUCCCCGAGGGGUUUGGCCUCGGAGAUGGCACAGAGGACCUCAAGGCUCUGCAGGUCUCCAUCCCACGCCACCCAGCCCUGGACGCUGUGCUGGCAGGCGACAUCACCAUCCCCUGCCUCAUCACCUACCUUGGCCCCCAGCCAACCGCUGGCAUGGGCGGCCGCCGGGCAGUGCUGGGAACCCCCCGGGUCAAGUGGACCUUCAUCUCUGAGGGCAGGGAGGUGGAGAUCCUGGUAGCUCGGGGGGACAGGGUGAAGGUGAGUGAGGACUAUCGGCUGCGCGCCUCCCUGCCCAUCUUUCACCAGCGCUACACCAACGCCUCGCUGCUGCUCACCGAGCUGCGCCCCAACGACUCGGGGAUCUACCGCUGUGACGUGCAGCAUGGCAUCGAGGACGGCCACGACAUCCUCGAUGUCAAAGUCAAAGGGGUGGUGUUUCACUACCGGGAGGGCUCCAUGCGCUAUGCCUACACCUUUGCCGAGGCGCAGGAAGCUUGUGCCCGGAUCGGCGCCAGCAUCGCCACCCCCGAGCAGCUCUACGCCGCCUACCUGGGGGGCUACGAGCAGUGCGACGCCGGCUGGAUCGCCGACCAGACCGUCAGGUACCCCAUCCAGACUCCCCGUGAGGCCUGUUACGGGGACAUGAACGGCUUCCCCGGGGUGAGGAACUACGGAGUGGUGGAUCCGGAGGACAUGUACGAUGUGUACUGCUACGCUGAGGACCUCCCAGGUGCCUGUGGUGCCACCAGCCACCUCUUGCCCUCCUCUGCUUUUGCUCCCACACUAACCUGCCCCUGUAACUUAUUCUGGAGCAGAGCUCUCAUCUCUGUGCUCUGGGGGGAGGCCAAAACACCAGGUCUGGCCAGCUCUGGGCUGGGGCUGCUGAGCUGUUCACACCCAGUGCUGGGAGGGCAGAGCAGGAUGGCUUCAGGAACACUGAGGUGCACCCGAGACCUUCACCUGCCCCAGAGCUGGUGGCCUCAGGAGCCAGCUCAGAGACCUGGCUGCUGUGGGACACUGCAGGGUGAGGCUCUGGCACUGCUGGGCACUGAGGAGGUCCCCGAGCUCUGCGUGUGCCUUGCAGGUGGCUGUGUCCCCAACCCCUGCCUGAACGGAGGGACCUGCGUGGAGGACGGUGCCCACCUCACCUGCUUGUGCCUGCCUGGCUACGGAGGCAGCAGCUGUGAAAGACCACUGUGGAGGUGCAGCCCUGGCUGGGACAGCUUCCAGGGUGCCUGCUACAAGCACUUCUCCACUCGGAGGAGCUGGGAGGAUGCAGAGACCCAGUGCAGGCACUACGGGGGGCACCUGGCCACCAUCCUGACCCCCGAAGAGCAGGACUUCAUCAAUGACCAGUACAGGGAAUACCAGUGGAUCGGCCUGAACGACCGGACCAUCGAGGGGGAUUUCCAGUGGUCCGACGGGAGCCCCUUGCUCUACGAGAACUGGCACCCCGGGCAGCCCGACAGCUACUUCCUCUCCGGGGAGAACUGCGUGGUCAUCGUGUGGCACGAUGGGGGCCAGUGGAGCGAUGUGCCCUGCAACUAUCACCUGUCCUACACCUGCAAAAUGGGGCUGGUGCAGUGCGGGCCCCCCCCCGCCCUCAGCAACGCCCGUGCCUUUGGCAAACCAAAGCAGCGCUACGAGGUGGGCUCCAUCACACGGUACCAGUGCCGGCACGGCUUCGCCCCGCGCCGCUCGCCCGUCAUCCGCUGCCGCCAGGACGGCACGUGGGAGCCACCCCAGCUGGCCUGUCGCCCUGGCCUGGCUCAGCCCCCCAACAACUGAGUGAGUCCCUGGGGCAGCAGCCACCGCCUCCCCAAGCCCUGGAGCCGCUGUGGAUGGGGACGGCACUGGGACCCCGGCGCAGACCCCGACGUGGAGUGAAACCUCACUGUCGGGUGUCUGCCCCCUUGUUUGUUUUAUAUCUGUACAAAGAAAUCCUAAUAAUUAAAGACCCCCUUGAAAGGAACCGACGGUGACCCAAAAUGCGGCACAACAGGAGUUUUGUUCCCGGAGUCACAACAGAAUUGAAAGCUGGGGAGACAUCAUGGGCAGGGGAUGGCAGUGACGUGCCAGCAUCACCUCCAGCCAUUUCCUCCCACCUCUACCCGAAGGGUCCUCAUCCUGUGACUCCCUGGUGGGGAUUGACAUGGGGACAUCCAAGCUCUGCUGCAGCUCAGUACCCAUCCUGAGCUGUGGAGGGGCUUCUGCACUUCCCUGGAAAGGCAGAAGCUGCUGUGGCAGGCUUGGAGUGGGUGCAUGGUGCCAACACCCUUCUCUGUGCUUCUGUGGGUAUUAAAACCAUUAAAACCAGUAAACAGGUA